AUGGAAAGGUCCAUCCAACUCCUGGCCUGCAUGGCGUGCAUCGUCCCGAUCGGAUCAUUUUUGAGAACUAAAAGAGAUACUACUGAGAACUUGUUCAACACAGAGGUGCACAGCGCGCCGGCGCAGCGCUGGUCCAUGCAGGUGCCGGCCGAGGUGAGCGCGGCGGCGGUGUUCCGGUGCGCGGCGGCGCGCGGCAGCGAGCUGUGCCAGACGGCGCUGAGCCGGCACGGCCGCCUCCGGCUGCUGGGCAACCCGCGCUGCGGCGACCUCUCGCUGCGCAUCGAGCGCCUGGCGCUGGCCGACGACGGCCGCUACUUCUGCCGCGUGGAGUUCGCCGGCGACGUCCACGACCGCUACGAGAGCCGCCACGGCGUCCGGCUGCGCGUGAGCGCUGCGCCGCGGAUCGUCAAUAUCUCGGUGCUGCCGGGCCCCGCGCAUGCCUUCCGCGCGCUCUGCACGGCCGAAGGGGAGCCGCUGCCCGCCCUCGCCUGGUCCGGGCCCUCGCUGGGCAACGGCUCGGCUGCCGUGCCGGGUCAGAGUCACGGCCACCAGGUGACCGCCGAGCUGCCCGCGCUGACCCACGACGGCCGCUACACGUGUACAGCCGCCAACAGCCUGGGCCGCGCCGAGGCCAGCGUCUACUUGUUCCGCUUCCACGGCGCCACAGGGGCCUCGGCGAUCGCCCUCCUGCUGGGCGCACUCGGUCUCAAGGCGCUGCUGCUGCUUGGGGUCCUGGCUGUUCACGCCACCCGCCGCAGUCUAGAGCAUCUGGCCACCCAGGGCACCCCUCCACGGCCCCAGGCUCAGGAGUCCAGUUAUGAAAAUUUGAGUCAGAUGAACCCCCAGCGCCGACCGGCCACUGCGUGUUCCCCGUUAGGCACCCCUCGGCCACCAGCAUCCAUUUGUGCGCUGUGA